GAGGGCUGCGGGCUAGCGGGUUGGAGGCGCCGCGCUCGAAUCGGGAACGGCGGGCGGGUCGAGGCCGAGUCGGAGGCGCGUCGGAGGCCGCCGCUGCAGCCUGGGCCCCGCAGAGGAAGGAAGCCGGCCGGCAGGGGAGGUGAAGCUCGCGUGUGGAGUGCAACAGUAAAAUCAGACGCCAGAUGGACAGUGUGACAAGAAUGUCAGAAAGGAUUGGGCCUCGCUGUGAGAGUCAGCCUGGAGGCCAAGUGUUGACGAGUUGCUGAAAAGGAAGCCAGUGGGAGGACUGCGGGCCGCAGAGGAAGUGGCACUCUGUCUUCAGUCACACCAUUGAUGGAGGACAGAUGGACAGCCGGACAUCCAGUCACCUCUCCUCUUAAACCUUUGGAGAGUUGUCCUUUGUCCUCUGCUGGACACAUAUUAGGAAUCUUAACAUACUCUCUGAAUUCGCUUUCCAUAGAAACGUAAAAUCAGACUGCAGUGUGUAACGAGACGUCUGUUGCAUGGUGACAGGUUUGCAACCAUGAGUGCCGAGGGCUACCAGUACCGGGCGCUGUAUGAUUACAAAAAGGAACGAGAAGAAGAUAUUGACUUGCACUUGGGCGAUGUAUUGACUGUGAAUAAAGGGUCUUUAGUAGCUCUUGGAUUCAGUGACGGACAGGAAGCCAGGCCUGAAGAAAUUGGCUGGUUAAAUGGUUAUAAUGAAACCACGGGGGAAAGAGGGGACUUUCCAGGAACUUACGUUGAAUAUAUUGGAAGGAAAAAAAUCUCGCCUCCCACACCAAAGCCCCGACCACCUCGACCCCUUCCUGUUGCACCAGGUUCUUCAAAAGCUGAAGCAGACAGUGAGCAACAACAAGCUUUGGCUCUGCCAGAUCUUGCUGAGCAGUUUGCCCCUCCUGACAUCGCUCCGCCUCUUCUUGUGAAGCUAGUGGAAGCCAUUGAAAAGAAAGGUCUGGAAUGUUCAACUUUAUACAGAACACAGAGCUCCAGCAACCCAGCAGAAUUACGACAGCUUCUUGAUUGUGAUGCCGCCUCCGUGGACUUGGAAAUGAUCGAUGUGCAAGUUUUAGGAGACGCUUUCAAACGCUAUCUUAUGGACUUACCGAAUCCUGUCAUUCCAGUAGCCGUUUACAAUGAGAUGCUUUAUUUAGCCCAAGAAGUACAAAGCCCUGAAGAAUAUAUCCAGCUGUUGAAGAAGCUCAUUAGGGCACCUAACAUACCUCAUCAGUAUUGGCUUACGCUUCAGUAUUUGCUAAAACAUUUCUUCAAGCUCUCUCAAAUCUCCAGCAAGAAUCUUCUGAAUGCAAGAGUACUCUCUGAACUUUUCAGCCCUCUGCUUUUCAGAUUCCCAGCAGCCAGCUCUGAGAAUACUGAACACCUCAUAAAAGUUAUAGAAAUUUUAAUCUCGACCGAGUGGAAUGAACGACAGCCUGCACCAGCAUUGCCUCCUAAACCACCCAAACCCACUACUGUAGCCAACAACGGUAUGAAUAACAAUAUGUCCUUACAAGAUGCUGAAUGGUACUGGGGAGAUAUCUCAAGGGAAGAAGUGAAUGAAAAACUUCGAGAUACAGCUGAUGGGACCUUUUUGGUACGAGAUGCAUCUACUAAAAUGCACGGUGAUUACACUCUUACACUAAGGAAAGGAGGAAAUAACAAGUUAAUCAAAAUAUUUCACCGAGAUGGGAAAUAUGGCUUCUCUGACCCACUAACCUUCAACUCUGUGGUUGAACUAAUAAACCACUACCGGAAUGAGUCCCUAGCUCAGUAUAAUCCCAAACUGGACGUGAAAUUACUUUAUCCAGUAUCCAAAUACCAACAGGAUCAAGUUGUCAAAGAAGAUAAUAUUGAAGCUGUAGGGAAAAAAUUACAUGAAUAUAACACUCAAUUUCAAGAAAAAAGUCGGGAAUAUGAUAGAUUAUAUGAAGAUUAUACCCGUACUUCCCAGGAAAUCCAGAUGAAAAGAACAGCUAUUGAAGCAUUUAAUGAAACCAUAAAAAUAUUUGAAGAGCAGUGCCAAAGCCAAGAACGGUACAGCAAAGAAUACAUAGAAAAAUUUAAACGGGAAGGCAAUGAGAAAGAAAUACAAAGGAUUAUGCAUAAUUAUGAAAAGUUGAAGUCUCGCAUCAGUGAAAUUGUGGACAGUAGAAGACGACUGGAGGAGGACUUGAAGAAACAGGCAGCUGAGUAUCGGGAGAUUGACAAGCGCAUGAACAGCAUUAAACCAGACCUCAUUCAGCUGAGAAAGACAAGAGACCAAUACUUGAUGUGGUUGACUCAGAAAGGUGUUCGGCAGAAGAAGCUGAACGAGUGGCUGGGCAAUGAGAACACUGAAGACCAAUACUCGCUGGUGGAGGAUGAUGAGGAUUUGCCGCACCACGACGAGAAGACAUGGAAUGUCGGCAGCAGCAACAGAAACAAGGCUGAAAACCUACUCCGGGGGAAGCGAGAUGGCACCUUCCUGGUCCGGGAAAGCAGUAAACAGGGCUGCUAUGCCUGCUCGGUAGUGGUGGAUGGCGAAGUGAAGCACUGUGUCAUCAACAAAACGGCAACUGGCUACGGCUUUGCCGAGCCCUAUAACCUGUACAGCUCCCUCAAAGAGCUGGUGCUACAUUACCAACACACCUCCCUCGUGCAGCACAACGACUCCCUCAACGUCACACUAGCCUACCCGGUAUAUGCACAGCAGAGGCGAUGAAGCACUUGUCCUCUGAUCCUUCUCCUGGAGCUCAACCACCCCGAGGCCUCUGGAAAGCACAGGGCUCCUCUGCAGCCUGACCUGUAAUUGAGCUGAGGAAACGCAGCCAUCUGCCUUCAGAUGGGACUCGAGCUUUCGACAAAAAAGUAGAGGGGAAGAUACACAGCCUAGCACUGUGCCAGGACCACACGUUUCUGGAGUCCUUGUCCUUUUUUUUAAAUUUUUUUUUUUUAUUUUUUAUUUGUUGGUUUAAUUUAAAGCCACAAGGACACACAACACAAAGAGAAAAAGAAAUGCAAAAAUCUCUGCGUGCAGGGACAAAGAGGCCUUUAACCAUGGUGCUUGUUAAUGCUUUUUGAAGCUUUACCAGCUCAAAGUUGGGACCUUGUAGACCAGAGGGUGGACAGGCUCAAGAGCCCUGGCCUGGGGACGCUCGAGCCGGGCUGCUUCAGCCUGGGUAUCGGCUGUGCACGGUGGACCCAGACACAUCGCACUGUGGAUUAUUUCAUUUUCUAACAAAUGAACGGUAUGUAGCAGAAAGGCACUUCGGCUCACCAGAGACGUUUUGGGAGAACGUCCGCUCACGUACGUUCAGAGGAAAUUCUGUUGUAGCUGAAUGCCAGAAAGUGUUUCCUUUAAACUUUAAAAACCACCACACCAACAGAAAAAUGGAGCUUGGAAAACCGGACUUUAAAGGACAUUCAUUAUAUAAAAUAUGUACAUAACAAUGGAUGACUAACUAUCAAAUAGAUGGAUUUGUAUCAAUACCAAAUAGCUUCUGUUUUGUUUUCCUGAAGACUAAAUUCACAGUGCUAUGCAAUUCUUAAUUUUCAUUGUUCUCGGUUUUAAAUGUACCUUCAGAAUAAGCUUACCCCAUCCCAAUUUUUGUUGCCUGAAAAUAUUAUUGUCCCUAAUUUUUUUUUGUUAAUAUUCAUUUUGUGAUUUUUUUUUAAAGAAGAAAUGUGUACAGGAUGCCAGUAAAAAAAAAACAAAAAAACAAAAAAACAAAAAUGGCUUCAGAAUUAAAACUAUGAAUUAUUUUACACUUUUUCUUGUACAGAGUACUUGGCUGUUAGCCCAAGGUUAAAAAGUUCAUAACAGAUUUUUGUGGACUAAAUGUUUUGUUGGGCAGUGCCUGAUAAGCUUCAAAGCUGCUUUAUUCAAUAAAAAAAAGAGAAAGAUAUAUGAAUAUGACAAAGUAUUGCUGAGUUCAACAAUGUUGUUUCAAAACUCUUAAAAUACGGUACCAGGUAAUGUGUGCUUCAUUAAAAAUUGUGAACUUCUUGAAUCUGGGGUGGGGGUGGGGGGGGAGAGGUAGCAAAGGGAUGUACAGGUGGGGGGAGGGAGGGCUAGGAUGGUUUGCACUUUCUCCUGAUUACAGAGAAAUGAGUAACUACUUCACUCUUUUCCCACUUGGAUCUGCGAGUUAUUACACAUUAAUUACAAGUACAAGACCUACUGGAACGCUAACGCCAUGGAGCAGGUCAGAGCAUCUAGUUCUUAGGAAGAAAGGGAGCCUCCUGGGGCAGUGUCCGCCUUUGUUUGGACCACUGUUUUCAAGGUAUCGUCGCUGCAUUUAGACCAUGUGUCUCUCCAACGUUAGACUACCCAUUGCAACCAUAAAGCUUCAUUUUGGAAGAAGCAUGAUCUGAAAAACUAUUUUCAAUCCGCCCAUGUGUUAUUUUCCUAGCUUUCCAUUCAAUUGAGAUCAUAAAGCAAAUAAACAGGAUCCUCACCGUUACCGCGUUGGGCUGUGUCGAGCUCGUUAAGGUCCUGGCCGCUUCAGGAAUCCUGACAGUGCUUCUCAUUCAUCAGAGUCACUGUGUGUGUUACACGUCACUGUGGGGAAAGGAAGAGGUUUUAGAGUGUUCUUUCCAAUUCUGGGCAAGAGGGAGAGGUCUCUCUCCCUGACUGACAUAUUCAAAGUCCAUUCUGUUCCACGGAAACUGUCCGUUUGUGGGGGGAGCAGCACAGGAUCAGUGUGACGGUCCCUCUCCGGGUAGGUUCAAACAGGAUCUUAAAAAAAAUCACAGUUUUCCUUUCCCAGGAGUGGUUCAGCCACGGCUUGCUUUCUGACACUGGGGAGGGGUUUUUGUUUUGGUUUUCAGUGUUGUUCCUUUUAGAAAUUCUUCUGAAAAUAAUCAGUCUAGCCGCUGACUUCAUCAACUGUAGAAUGUAUUUUUUUCUUCUUUACAUGAUGCUAUGAUGCUAUCCAUACCAAGAGCAAUAGUCAGUCUUACGGCCAGACUGUCAGCCUUCACACUUGACUGUACUGAUCUGACCGCCUCCCUCUCAUCACACAACUGAGGAUCCCCCUGGGUGUAGUCUGUAAGUGUCAACUUUAAAAACACCCUUCCCCUUCACACAGAAGUCUGACGACUAAUUAAGAGUGGUUUAUCAACUAGCAUUUUGGUGGGGUUUUUUUGAUAGCACAUCCACGUAUGCUGUUAGGUAUAAUUUUCAUUUACUAUCUGAAAUACAAGAUUGAAGAUGGAAUGUUUCAUACCAAGUUUGGUUAAUGUUUCUGGUUCAACACUCUGGCAAGGUGGCCUGGUAUUCAGGCACCUGCCUUAUUUUUGCGUUUCGCAAACAUAAAUGCAAGAGGAAAGUUUCUCUUUGAACAGCAGAGGCAGGAUUCAUCAUUCCCUGUUAUGUCGUAACUCACUAGAUCUGUGAUGUUACAUCUCUGCCAAACGCCUUUUUAAUUGCAUGUAGCAUACCCACCACAUUCGUCCUUAUAGAUGUUUGACCAGAAGGGCUCUUUGCGUUCAGUCAGACAGUCUUCUCCUAAUAACACUGAGUGGCUCGUGAGUAUGAAUGGAUACAGCAGAGGCAUUCCUGAUAACAUGCUUUUAUGCAUGCAUUGAUUCUCCCCACCCAAUGUAACAUCCUAAAGAUAAAAGCCAGACGCUAAGCUAGCUGCAGAGAGGCUGGGAUAGGGCUGUACAAGUGGGAGCACCGGGACCUGAUCGUACACACAGAAGAAAAAUCAGAACCGUGUGAAAAGGCAAAAAGCAUGUGUUUGCAACAUCUGACAAGUUCACGGCCCUUGAUAUAUGUAUAUAUGUAUAUGUGCAUGGACUGUUUCCAGUACACCUUUCAGCCACAACAGAUCCACAGUCAUCGAGUUCAAGUACAUAACAAGCAAAUGUCUAGUACAAUUCUUGUGUAUGUGUAUGGGUGGUUUUGUUUUUUUUUUUCCUUUGAAGUUGCUUUGUCUUAAAAAGGUGAAAACUUUGCAAAUGAAGUGAGAAGUUCAUAAUUCUUUGGCUUUUUUCUGCUUUUAAAAGUUACUCCUUUGGGGGAGCUGGUCUGGAUGACUCACUUAACUUGGAAAUCCUCAUUUUCGGUGUGUCGAGUCACAAUGUGUUUAUGUGAGCUAUCACUGUGGGGAAUCAAUUGCUUUGUCAUAUAGCUGGUUAUGAACUAGUGACGUGUUUGGGAGUCCUACUGAUGUUCCUUAAUGGGAGAAAAACUCUGCUGGUUUUAACACCUGUGCUUUUGCUAUGCAUGGUAUCCAAGUAGUUGGAGAACAGACCCUGAAAUCUGAGUUCAGGGCCUUUUAAGAAAGGGGCAGUUUAAAGCACAAUGCCUCACAUGGGACAAAGUUUGAAAAUACCAAAUUCUUAUUUUUUAAAAAUCUAGUUGUAUAAAAUAUUAGUAUUAUGAGUAGUAAGGGAACAGAAUUGGGUUCAUUGGAAACACUAUUCAACUUAAGGUUAAACUUGUCACCAUGCGAUAGCAUUAGCUGCCCGGGAUGCUGCUAUUAAAAAAAAAGAAAAAAAAAAAAAAAAGAAAAAAAAUUUAAAAAAAAAAAAGCAAAACAAAAAAAACUCAUUUAUAUGUGUGUAUUUUUUAAAGCUACGAUCUGUUCAAUGUUUUUACAAAUCUGUUUAUAUGACAUUGUUAAAAUAAAGUUGGUCUUUUGACGAGAGGGAGGAUGUCAUGGUCAGUUGUAAUUUUGCCUUUACAAGGCAAUGGGGGUGGGGGGGGCGGGGGGAGUGUGCCUCCUUGACAUUUUGUUCAAGCUAUAGAUUCAAUGGAGCUAUGUCUUGUUGUUUUAAGUUGCUUUGAUGCAUUGUAUUAGGUCUUCAAACAGAAUAAAGGUUGUUUUGAAACUGAA